GGUUCAAUAAACAAAUAUCUGACGUCUGCCAAUGACAACAGAUGUCAAGCUAGCUAACUAUCCCCGUCGGAGAUUUCUUCCAGGGAGCAGUGGAUUUAUUCAGCUCGUCUAAAAAUAACUUUAAAGAGGACAUUUGAUUGUGCAUUUGUUAAUUUAGCUGAAUUUCAGUUGUUGCUCGUUCAUUUGUCAACGGUAAUUAUCUGGCAACCUAGCUAGCUUAACAGUACAAAAGUAACGGUAGCUAACGUAACUCUUUUUGUAAUAAAAUAUUAAACGUGAAUAUUUAAAUAAUGUCUGGACCAAAUGGAGAUCCAAACAUCUCGAGUGACGAUGGUAUUAUCAACGACGAAGAUGAUUUCGGCGAUGAAGAAGAGUAUGAAGCCAUCAACUCCAUGCUAGAUCAGAUCAACUCCUAUCUUGAUGACCUGGAAGAACGGAAUGAUUCACUUAAUGGCAAACUGCACGAACUACUGGAGUCAAACCGGCAAGCCCGGCUGGAAUUCAGGGCCCAACUGUCCGGCCCCCCGACCCAGGAGGAGCAUUGUCCUGCAGAUGGGGACUCCUCACCCAACAAGGAAGACCUGAACGAGGACAAUGGAGCUGGCAAAUGAAUGACAAGAGCAGGUAGAUGAAGGGGAUUUGAGUUCAGCAAAAUGCAGGGAUAAAAAUAUUUAUUAAAGCUGACUCAACUCCUAACCUGUGUCUGUUGGACUAGUGAGCCUUGAUCUGCAUAGUCCAUGCCUGGCUGAUUCUUCUGUGAAUUUACACCCCCGUCAGCAGACACGUGUACAAGUGAUAUUUUGCAUCUCCUCUAUCACUGAACUCAAUCUAGUUUUUCUGCUUUGCUUAACUGUGGUGUGCUGAUGUUUGGUUCCUAAGCAGAUUGGAGUUUAUUGACCUCUAGCAGCUUCUUAUACAACCGUACUCACCUGGCACUAUUACAGUUAAAUCUAAGUCACAUGUGUUGACAUUUAAAAAGCUGUCCCUCCUAUGUUCAGGUCCAUCAUGGGAACAAAUUCUAAAGCCAGGGUCACACCAGAAACAUUUGAAAAAGCUGAUAAAAGAAGCAUUGUUAAUUUAACAAUGACAGUAACCAGCUCAAACUACAUGAUCAUAAUUGUGUUUUUCCAGAUUGCUGUAAAAAUCUAACGUGCUGAUAUCCACGAUGACCUGCCCUAUGUUGAACACAUUACUCCAGCCUAUCCAUGAUCUUCAGAAUUUAUCCUCAAAUAGCUUUGUAAUCGCUGUACAGUCUCUGUUCCCAUUUGUUAUCCCAAAAAGUAAAUAUGCAACAUUCCAGAUGUUUACCAUUGUAUUAUAAUGUUUGAUCUGCAGCAUGACUGUGAAUCUACACUGUGCUGUCCUGUUCAUUCUCAUGAACCUGUUAAGGAUAAAUGAUGCAGUCUGAAAAGUGUUUGUAAAUGUUAAAGGUGGGGUAUGCGACUCUAAUCCAGUACACAUCUUUUUGUCAAAUUCAGUGAAUAACUCCUCAAGGUCCGCUAGCUGACCGUUCUGUGUGCGCUGAUAAAAAUCUCUGUAACUCUGUAAACGGGAAAUGUGGCAACAAAGUGGCUCGGACCGAGCCACACCACACUAUUCCAGCUAUGAUUUGUAUGUCAGGUAACGUUAAAUGAUUUGCCUACGUUCAUUCAGCCUACUUUCCAGUUUGCCAAGAUAUGCUGCUGUUGUGAUGUUAGCUAUAGAAGCAGGAGAGUUGUGAGUAUCGCUGUCUGGAGCUGGUUUGCAGGCUCUGGGAAACGUCUCGUCCUCGCUGGCUGUUAGCUUCGCAGCAGCAACUGUAGGUUGUUUGCUAUCCACAACCUAGCUAACAUUACGUUACUUGCUGUGUUGUUGUUCGUUCUAUGUCAUGGUAUUUGUCAUGGUAUUGGAUUUCUCCAGAAUUGCAUACCCCACCUUAAGUGCUCGCCAAAAAAGUCAUAAAUAAGUCGACAAAAUGUGUGAAUUGUCUGACAUUUUAAUAUAAAUUAAAAUGACCCCCAAACAGAAAACAAACAUCCAAAAAUACAUUAAACUUCCAGCAGUUAGAAAACAUCACCUGUUUGUUCAUCUCAAUUUGUCAGUAGCGGAAUAAAAAUACAAUAAGAAACAUA